AUGCCAUGCAGAGGCAAUAGAGGGCUAUCUAUACUUGGUUUAAGGCAGUCAGCUUCUUCUAUGAUGAGCUGUUGCUCAAAGCAAUCCUGUAUGGAAGAAUUACACAGUUUUUUAUAUACGCCAGCAGAGGGCAAUGUUGAAGUGAUUAUGACGCCUGCCCUGGAACUGCUCCCUCCUAUCCGAGGGCAGGAAGGGCUGCUGGUGGCGCUGCUGGGGGGCGCUGUGCCGGCCGGCUUCGUGGCACCUUUCAGCCGCAUGGGCUACGAGGUCUCUGUCCUCCCUUCAUCGGGGACUCUCCUCUUCCCCAGCAUCCUGCACCUGCUCUGUGCCGGCUACCUGCACUGCCAGAAGGCCCCAUCCUUGUGGCUGCUCGAGGCCUGCCAGCGCACGCUGCUAAACGGCAGCCUGACGGGCCACGACUUGUUCAGGGGCGGCUCGUGGGCUGGUAAAACGGUCUUCGUGGGCCGCACGUUGCCGACCCCUGAUCUAAGCGAAAUCAUAAACUGCCAAGCAAAGGCUGAAGCACCACAGUGUUUGAGGCUUGCAUUGCUGCUAGGGUUGUGA